AUGUCCGGCAACAAGGACUUCUCAUUUGAGCAAUACGCCGUGAUGAGAAUUCGACUCAUGGGGCUCUUCGAUAACUACAACAAACAGUUGUAUCAGGGCACUUCACUCGAGGUCCAGCCACAACCAACACAAGUCACACAGGCUCGUCCACAACCAGACGUCAACUCGACGAGUGGACAAAGAAAAAGAGGAAGACCCAGGCUGGACCAUAACAGAGAAUGUUAUCAAUGCCAUACCACUAAAACAUCGGAAUGGAGAACAGGUGAAAUACCUAACACAUUCUUGUGUAAUGCUUGUGGUCUAAAGGUACUCAAGAAGAAAAAGAAAGAGUCACAAACAUCGGGAAGUCUCAAGGAAGCUACCUUCCCGUUUCCUACUGAGGGAGUGGUUUUCCCACCACAAGAACUUAAAAUGAAAGGAAUAGAAAUGACUGACUUGAGCAUUGUAGUACCAACAUACAACGAGGUCGACAACAUCGAGGAACUCAUCACAACACUGGAAAAGACUCUCGGAGACAAAAUGAACUACGAGAUUUUGGUCAUGGACGACAACUCGCCAGAUAAGACUGGUGCUAAGGUACAGGAACUCCAAAAGGCUGGGCAUAAAUGCGAAGCCACAAUUCGAACAACUAACAAAGGACUUUCCCCUGCCGUCAUUGAGGGGUUUGAUAAAGCUAAAGGAGAUGUCAUUCUAGUUAUGGACGCCGACUUGCAACAUCCAAUUUCGGUUGUUCCAAAACUGUUUGAGGCUAUUAAAAAUGGCGCAGAAGUUGCUGUUGGGUCGAGACAUUGUCCGGGAGGAGGAAUAGAGAAUUGGGCGUUCCACAGAAGAGUCAUUUCAUGGGGGGCUGCAUUGCUUGCUCGACAUUCACAAACAAAGAUAUUAAAAGAAGCUAAAUUAGAAGCGAAAGGGUAUAAAAUCUUGUUGGAAGUCUUGGUCAAGACACACGCGAAACAUGUUGUCGAGGUACCUAUCACAUUCACUACAAGAACUCAUGGAGAAUCUAAAUUGACUGGUGGGGUUAUGACUAACUACUUGAUCCAUUUGUUCCACCUCUUCAUGUACCCAGGGACCGCUCCGUUACUCAAGUUUUUGGUUGUAGGUGUUAUCGGGACUCUUGUCGACGUUUCAGUGUUCUCAAUGUUAAACGCAAUGGGACUCAACCCAAGCUUGGCACAAGCAUUCUCAUUUGCGUGCGGACUCUGCAACAACUUCUUCUUAAACUCGUUGUGGACGUUCCCUCAAAAUGUCGACACGAAGGAAAAAACUAAACAGUUUGUCAAGUUCGCAACAGUGUGUGGCGUUUCGUUCAUUCUCAGAAGCAUCUUAUUCACAAUCGGAAGAAUGUAUGUGCCGGAUCAAUUCCCGUAUAUACAGAUGCUCCUCAUAUUUGUCAUCGCCUCUUUGACAAUCGUGAACUUCGUUGGUAGCAAACUCUUCGUAUUUAAUUGA